AUGCAAGAAAAACCAAAACGCUCUGCACUAAACCAGCUGACCCGCACACUGCUGCGCCACUACGACUGUGGGGUUCGACCCGUUCUCAACUGGACUACACCUACAGUCGUCUACAUCGACCUCAUCCUCCAGUCUGUACUCGAUGUGGAUGGACAGAUGCAGAAAGUGACCACAAACAUUUGGUAUCGCCAAAUCUGGAAAGAUGAGUUUCUCGUUUGGGAUCCAGAAGAAUUUGAUGGCAUCACGGAAAUAUCGCUCUCCUCUGAUGCUAUCUGGGUGCCUGAUGUCAUCAUCAGUGAAUUUAUGGAUGAAGGCAAAUCUCCCGUCAUUCCAUACGUUUACGUCAACUCUUCCGGAACUGUGAAGAACUACAAACCCAUCCAGGUGGUCUCGGCCUGUGAUCUGGAGAUGUACGCCUUUCCCUUCGACAAGCAGAACUGCACUCUGACCUUUCGCAGCUGGCUUCACUCUGUGAAAGAGGUGGACCUGGCACUGUGGAGGAGCGCCAAGGACAUCGCAAACGACACCCGGGAGUUCAUGAACGAUGGCGAAUGGGAGCUGCUCUCAGUGCCCUCGUAUUACUGGAAGCUCAACCUGGCCGACAAGGAUUACGCCCACAUCCAGUUCAAUGUACUGAUCCGUCGACGCCCCCUGCUGUAUGUGGUCAGUGUGCUCAUCCCCAGCAUCUUUCUCAUGGUGGUGGACGUCAUCAGCUUCUACCUUCCACCCAACAGUGGAACCCGGAUCACAUUCAAAACCAGCAUUCUGCUGGGCUACACCGUGUUCAGAGUCAACAUGAUGGACGAAAUUCCAGCCACAGCCAUUAAAACACCUCUUAUUGGUGUUUUCUUUGCUGUUUGCAUGGCACUCCUGGUGCUCAGUUUGGCCAAGUCCAUCUUUGUGGUCAAGCUGCUGCAUCACAGUGAGAAAGAGGUAAAGGAAAUGUCCAUCUCUGCCUGCCUGCUGGACAAGUACAGUUCAACCGAGCAGAGCUUCACCGACACUCUUCUCACCUCGGUUAGGACUCUGGAUGACAUGGAUCCAUCAGGAGUCUAUGAAUUUGAUCUGUCUCCGGAGGCGGACCUGCUGUCUCUGACCGAGCCAGAGUCUGGUACAUUACAGCUGGAGAAAAUCCUGCAGGAACUCGUCUCUUUCAAGCUUUUCCUGCAGGAGGAGGAGGAGGAAAGUGCAGCUCAACAGGACUGGCUGGCUCUCUGUUACAAAGUGGACAAGUUUCUGUUUCGCUUUUACCUGCUCAUACUGACCGUUUACUCCAGUUCUCUGCUGCUGCUGUGGAGCAGCUGGAGCUCAGCCUGAUGGCAUUUGUUAAGGACCAUUAAGGAGGAAUUUGUGUGUGUGCCAGACACGCCAGGGACCUGGGUUAAAAAAAAACAGAUACAUUAGUAAUCUAUUAAUAUUAAUAACACAUUUAAAUCAUGAUACAUUACAAUUUACAAGGACACCACUGGAUUAGUGUACAAAACUAAUGUCAAUACUUAAUUUAAAGCAGCUGCAAACCUGCAUGACAUUAAAUAUUCUAUUAUAUUAUGUUUAUACAGCUUUGUCUUUUUAGAUGUUUUGAUGUGUGACAUCUACAUUUCUGAACAGUGCGCCCAGGUGGUGGCGUAUUCCGCUAGCACACCAGCUCUGAGAUUCUGAACUCCUCGGUUCGGAACUCGCCAUUGCCCAUCUGACGAGCAUGAUUGGCAGUGCCUGCAGCAGAUACUAAUUGACCACCAUAUCUGCAGGGUGGGGGCCGGACUGUGUGUGGGUGGGUCUUCAUACGCUGUGUAAGGACCCUGAUUGGCGGACGAGACACCUGUGCAGAAUGCAGGGGCGAGAAGAGGAGGGCUGUGCACGUGUCGGAAGAGGCGUGUACAGCGACGUGCUCUCCUCAGGGGCAAUCGGGUAUCUCUCAGCAGCGAAAGACAAAUUGAGUACGCUAAAUCGGGAGGAAAAUGGGGUAAAAGUGCAUAAAAAAUAAUAAUAAAUACAUUUCUGAACAGCAUUAUUAAAUGUUAUUUAUGUGUUUUUAAUGAGUCUUUGUAGAGAAUAUGACUACUGUGGUCACAUGUAACAAUAUCAAAAAAUAA